ACAAAAAUACUUAAAAAAGUAAAUAGUAAAUAGGUACUAAUUAUUACUUAAUACUGUAAAAAUAAAAUAACAAUUACCAAAAAUAUAUUUAAACUAAAUUAAACUCACAAUUUUUAACUGAAGGUUGAAGGUAUAUAGUUAUAUUGGUAAAUAAUUACAAAGUUUAUAUGAAAAUAUCUUUUAAUAUUUUAGCCCAAUUUGGUAGUAAUUAUUGAAGUAUCAACAGUUAUUAGCUUGAAUAUUAGUACCUAUCUACAUAUUCUGAAGAAUCAUGGCAAGUCCACCAAAUAAAUCAGAAUCAAAGAAAGAUUCAUUGAAACCAUCAAAAGAUACUGACAACUCCAAAUUGACAAUUAAAGAAAUUAGAGAAGAGUACUUUAACCAACUACGUUCAUGGUUGAAUACUGUAAACAGUUAUCAGUGCUACUACAAUAAAUUGCAACGAGAAUCUUUUCAAAACAACUACCAGCAAGUUUUAAAAAAUCCUAAUGAAGUUCCUAAAGUUGUACCUAAUGUUGUACGUGAAACACCAGCUGUUGAACGUAAUCAAUUUGUGGGGAUAAGAUGCCAGAUACCGUCUUUAUGGAAGCGCUUUGGAGCUGAAUUCAUUGAUUUUUUGCUGUUAAGCUUAGUAAAAUUCUUGAUUGCUUACUUUAUAGUAGAUUCAAUUCUUGAAAUUGAUUUUACUAAAUAUAACAGCAUUUUUACACGAGAUGAUUAUAAUGUUGAUUAUACUACAGCAGUAGAAAUGACAUCUGAACUAUUUUUCAUAGAAGUAACACACCGAAUAAUAGUUUGUGUAUAUGAGAUAUAUUGUCUUCAAGGUAGUACAAUCUUUCAAGGAGGAGCUACAGUUGGUAAAACUCUAUUAGAUCUUACAGUUGUUCGAGCUGAUAAACUAUUUAAUAUAAGAGGUCAGCCAACUGAUGUCAUUGCUUUAAUUCCCGGCGGUGAUAUUGGCUGGAAACGAGCAGCACUUCGUUCAAUCACUAAAAAUUUAUUUUUUGCAUUUUUGUUCCCACUACCUUUCAUCACAGCAGCAGCCAAUCAAAACAGAUGUGCAUAUGAUGUUUUAUGUGGAACGAUGGUUGUUGAAGUUAUACAACCACUUAGGUGUGAACAAUCUGAACUUAUUCCUAUUGGGUAAUAAGAUUGUUAAUUAAUUAAUAAUAUAUAUUAAUCAUUUGUAUAAAAUUAAUUUAUCAUAACUAUAAAUAUGGGGCAAUAGUUAUAUAAUAUUUUAUUUAAAAAAAUAUACAAUCAAAAUGUAUGCAUGUGAAUUUACUACACCUUGAUAAUAUAUAAAAAAUUUUGAAUUUUCUGUAUUUUUAGACUAAGUGAACCUAUUAAUUAAAGUUAUUAAUUUUUGUUUUGUUUGUUUAAAAAUGUUAAGUAAUUUAUAUAACAUACUAUAUCAGUUUAAAUUAUUUCUUGUAUUAAAAUUGAAUUGUAUUUAACUUAAAGCAUAACUGCACAAGUUAUUAUUUUAUAAACUCUGAUGGUUGAGCACUGUCUGGUUGCAACUAUUUUUCUAUACUUAUAAUAGAAAAAUGACUGUAAGUAAUAUCCACAGGGACAUAAUAAGAUGGCUAUUAUAUUUCAAUUACAAACAAAAUAAUUUGAAAUUUAAUUGCUUAAAAUUACAGCUGUGUGUAUUUACAAUACUGUAGUUUUCUCAAUUUCAAUAAUAAUAAUAAAAUAAUAUAAUAUAUUUAUAAUUCUAUCAAUUGCAAUUUACAAUUUACAAUUAAUAAUAUAUUCGAUGACUUGAAGUUGUAUAACCAAAUCCUUUAACUGUAAUGUAAUUUUAAUUUUAAAUAUUGUGAUAACCAAAACUAUGUUAAACAUUAAAUUAAGUUGCAAUACAAAUUGCUAAUUUUUUUAUUAUUUAUUGAAAAUAAUCCUCUUCAACUUGGCUAUUAGCUAACAAUAAUUUGUGUUAGUGAUAAUAAUAUCAUAUUAAUGAUGGUUAACUAGUUAGGGUUUUGCUACAGGUUAUAUUUUUCUAUACAGUAAAU